CUGUCCCCUUCUGGAGGAGCUCAGCCAUGGAGGAGACGCUCACCUGCAGCCGAAGCCCUUUCUCCCAGGUGUUUGGGCGUCAGGGUCAGCUCAUGCAAGCCACUGUGCAGUCGUUGAACAGCCUGAAUGACCAGAUUGCAAGCUUCAUGGUGACUGGACCCAAGCCCCUGGAGCAGGAGGAGCACGCCUUUCUGCCCUCUGAGAAGGAGACACUGCAGAAGUCCAUGACCCUAAUGAGGCACCUCCUUGUGGAUGCUCAGGCAAAAAUCCUGAAGAUGAUGGAUGACAACAAGCAGCUGGCCCAGCGCAUCGAUGGGGCCAUUCAGUCGGCCAGCCAGGAGGUGACCAACCUGCGUUCAGAGCUGAGCGCCACAAGUCGCAGGCUGGCUGAGCUGGGGGCAGACUCCUCUGCCAGCAUGCUGGAGACCCUGCAGCACAACCACAAUGAUCCGUCUCCCCACUCAAGACAGAAGCCGCCAGCCACUGACUUAUGCUGCAAGACUGAAAUCAGUCGUCUCAUGGACUUCAGCUCUCCAGACGCCUCCCUGGACAAAGUUCUGCUGCGUGAGGAGGUGGCCCAGCUCCAGGAGGAGGUGCACCUGCUGCGCCAAAUGAAGGACAUGUUGAGUAAGGACCUGGAGGAGACCCAGGGAGGCUGCUCAGCCGAUGUACUGUCCGUCACCGAGCUUCGCGUGCAGCUGGCCCAGAAGGAGCAGGAGCUGGAUAGAGCUAAAGAGGCUCUGCAAGCUAUGAAGUCAGACCGUAAGCGUCUAAAGGCAGAGAAAGCAGACCUGGUGAACCAGAUGCAACAGCUUUAUGCCACACUGGAGAGCCGAGAGGAGCAGCUCCGCGACUUCAUUCGCAACUACGAGCAGCACAGAAAAGAUCUCUGUGUCUACCAGGAGAGCGAGGAUGCAGUGAAGGCACUGGCCAAGGAGAAGGAUCUGCUGGAGAGAGAGAAGUGGGACCUGCGGCGACAGACCAAGGAAGCCACAGAGCACACGGGGAUGCUGCGGUCGCAGCUGGACCUAAAGGAGAACCGCAUUAAGGAGCUGGAGGCUGAACUGGCCAUGGCCAAACAGUCGCUAGCCACCCUGACCAAGGACGUGCCCAAGCGCCACUCUUUGGCCAUGCCCACAGAGACAGUUGUCAACGGCAACAACCAAGAGUGGGUGAUGCAGGCUGACCUUCCUCUGACUGCUGCCAUCAGACAGAGUCAGCAGACCCUUUACGUCCACAUGGGGCAUCCUACUGACAGGCAAGUGGCUGCCAUGCGGGAGAGCCCGUGCCACUCACGUCAGCCCUCCAUCAUCUCCGACGCCUCGGUUCUGGAGGGAGACCGGUCAUCCACACCCAGUGAUAUCAAUUCGCCACGUCAUCGGACUCACUCCCUCUGCAAUUCCCUAGAAGAUCUGGAGGAGGCGAAGCGUAAGAAGAAGAAAGAGAAGAUGGGGCUAGGCUCUCUAUCGCGUGUCUUCGCCCGGGGAAAGCAGCGCAAGUCCCUUGACCCCGGUUUGUUUGAUGGUACUUCAACACCUGAUUAUUACAUAGAAGAAGAUGCAGACUGGUAAAGCACACAUGUCUGGGUGAACCAGCUGGAGAGCCCUUGUGCCAGUUAGCAGAAGACAGAAUUGCAUGUGCGUGAAAGGAUGCGUUUGACGUCAGUGUGUACAGCUAUAAGAAUGCGUGUGCAGUCUCACAUGGUGAAGUGUGCAUGUGCGUGAGAGUGUGUGCAUGUGUGUGUCGCGCAUGGUCAGACGCCAUGUCAGAAGCUGGAGGCGGGUCUUGCUUCGCUGAAGUGUAAACCUUAACAAGCAAAUUGCACCUGUAUGUAUGUAUGUAUGUACAGUCCUGUAAAUAGAGUGAACAGUGUAACACAGCGACCAUGUGGAUAUGUUCUGUUGUAUCUUCCCUCCAAGAUGGCUGUGUUAUUGGCUCUUUUAAUUCUUCUUCUACAUUUUGACUUUUUGUUUUCACUCAACUGGAAACUUGAAGGACUGCUGUACAUGUAAAUAACAGUUGAUGUACACCUUGUGCGUGUAAAUGUCUCCUCGUCCUGUAUGCUGUUUGUUUAAUUUUGGCCUGUACUCCCUUCCACUCACUACCUAUUAACUUCAACUCCUCCCUGUUUAUUGUCCUGUUUGGUUCAUCCCCCUCCUUCUACAAUGCCACGAUGAGAACAGUUUCCUGCAGGUGACAUGCAGACUCCUCAAAUCCACCUCUAAUUCAGCUGUACAGCAUAUCGCUCAACCGCCAAGCAAACAGUGCAGAGGCACUCCUUGAUGUUUGCUCAAAUGAGACUUCAAACACACUGCUAAGCGAGGAAUCAACUUUCUGUGGCAGAACAAUUCAUUCAAUGAAAAUGAAGCCAAACAGGAAAUUUAAGAAAUGUGUUUUCUAUCUGUUGAGAUAGAAGGUACAUGAUCAAGGCACAUGCGUGACAUGCAUGCACAUAGUCCCAGACCCCAAAUGCAUGUUGCAGAAAACCCUACUAAACACAAAUGUCAUUUUCUGAGGAUGUUGUGGAGAAGGUGUCUGGUUUAAAAAAGAGAGGUCAGUUACUAAUUUCAUGAUGUUUAUUCAUGGUCUCCUCCAUUUUAAAUUAAGUGAUUUUCAGACUUGACCCUCUGCUUUGAUUAAAGCUCAAGAGCUUCACAUCACAUUCUAAACAUAGAGCAUUUUAAUUAGCACCUACAAAGCUUUUUAUGGAACAUUUUAUCCAAAAUAAUAAAGAUCAACAAAGUCAAAAGUCGCAAAGAAAACCCAGCUUUACACAUUUAAUGAUUAAAUAAUGAUUAAGUAAUACUUUGUACUAGACUUUGUACAGUUUUCUUUCUGUAGGAUCUUAUAGCUUGUGGCUAUUGUUUUACUAAUACAAACUUUUGGGAGCAGAAUUCCAUCCAUCCAGAAUUAUUCUGGCAAAAUUUAGUUUAAAAAUGUAAUAUCACAACCAUCAGUUAUACUAAUAUUAGACUGAUGGUCAAGGUUCUUCCAAAUCUCAGGUCAUUCUAGCUGAAAAUCAGACCCUUUAUUUAGAGCAUAGAGCAGACACUGAACUGUUAUAAUGAACUAUAAUAAUGAGUGCCAACUCUGAAGGUUACAAAUCAGAAAUAACCCCGUGAACUCCAAAAAAAAAUAAUAAUAAUAAUUCUGGUGCAGAGUUCAGGUCACUGCUGAAAAAAGCAAUUAACUUUGUGCCAAAGGUUAAUAGCAUUUCAUCAGUGAAAAGAACAGACACUGGAUUAUGUCCAUCCUUUAACUGGACUGAGCCCGAGUCUGCACUCCCCCCAGGAAAUCUUUUCUCUCCCUGAUAUUACACUAACACUGGCAUUUGUCGAUCUCACCUGAACCACUAUAGAGUCACAGAUUACAUUGGGGCUGUAUUUAACCACAGUGCUUGUCAAAAGAAUGUCCAUGUAAGUAGAGGGGGAUUAUCAUUUACCCCUUAAUUCAGCCUACAGUACAUUUGGGCUUUGCAGCUCUUGGAUUUAGAGGUGAAACGUUGAGGUAAUUCAUUAAAUUGUAUGUGAACAACAGCUCAACCGGUUUAUCUCAUUCAGUGUAUGAAAAUCUAGGCUAUCUUUGUUAUUUCAUGUAAAAUCCUUUAUGAUGCUCUGCUGAUGGGGGGCAAACAUAUCAAAUGAAAAAGACAUUAUCACGUUUAUCAUCUUUUGAGCCACGGUCUCUCUCUCUUUUUUCUUUUUGUAAAUGAGAUAACAUUACAGAAAUAAAAUUAAUAUUAUUAUUAGAGUUUUAUUUAAAGUAAAAAAUGUAGGCCUCUUUGGGGGACUUCUAUUGUGAGGUCCUGAGAUGUUUAGAAGUGGAAAGUGGCCAGCUUUUAAAGGCAUGGCAAAAAAAA